CAAUCAAAAAGCAAAAGACCCUAUGAAAAUGCCAAAGUGGAUAGAAUUACAGAAUUUUGUGACCACACCGGUCGCCGGCCCUUAAUUUUCCUGUCAGCUUCGAUACCAGCUACCAAAGUACCAAUCAUCGAUUUAUUUUUUUUACAGAACAAGGAGUGAAGCAAGCACAGUGAUUCAGUGAACAGCGCAUAGGAAUCUGAUGUUAGAUGGGUAGACCCGACCAUUGUCGUCUGGACUUCAAGAGCACAGGAGACGCAGACCACAACUCCAAAAAAGCCACCGAUGGAAGUGAUAAUGUGUGAAAAUAAUAAUAAUAAUAAUAAUAAUAAUAAUAAUAAUAAUAAUAAUAAUAAUAAUAAUAAUAAUAAUAACGUCUUGCACUAUAAAACAAUAGGAGGAUGGUAACCAACAUUACUUUUUGUCAAACCUAAAUGGCGAGAAAAAAAACCAAUCUAAUAUACACAUACCAUAACUCCAUGAAAAUCCACCGAAGUAAGUGAUCAUGUGUAAGAAUAACAAUAAGAAAAUCAAAACGUCUUCUAACUAGAAAAAAAAAAGAGAAUGGCGAUCAACGUUACUUGUUAUCAAAUAAUAUAAAUGGUGAGCCAAAUAAAAUCAACCUAAUAUGCGUAUACCCCAACCUAAAAAAACCACGAACGAAGCAAACGAGCAUGUGAAAAGAAAUGAUAUAUAUAAAAAAAAAACACGCCGAGCAAAGGCCAUAAACCCACUCACGCUGACGUACGUCUCCUUCGCCUCCUCCCUUCCGCCCCAAUCCUCCCCCAAACCCUAGCCCCUCAGAUCCCCCGCUCCCUCGCCGGUGCGCCUCCCGCCGGGCGCCGCCAUGCGGAUCCGCAGGGCCGCUUCCCGUCUGCUCGGCUCGGCGUCCGCCGCCUUCUCCGCCCAGGCGGAAGCGCCGCCUGUGAUUGCGACUGCGACUGCGAGCGAGCUCCCGCCGCCGCCCGCGCCUGCUGCGGCGGACGCCGCCGCCGCCGUCGACGUCGGCCUCGCCGGACCAGAGGGGCCCUGCGAGCAGAGCCUUUCGCCCUGGGAUCUGCCAUGCGAGCUCCUCGAUGACUCCACCGAUUCCCAGAACUUGCAGGAGGCCCCGUUCGACAAAUACUUGGUGCGCAUCCCCCGAAGGGCAAGCUUCGUGCUCAACAGCGAGCUGGAGCUGGAAGAUGAUACGAUGGAAUCGAAGGACAAGAUCUGGAAUCACGACGAUGAGGAGGAGGAGGUCAAGAAUCAGAAACCUGCUGCCCACAGCCUGAAGAAAGAUGGUGCGGUGAGGAAGAGAUCGAGAAAGGGGAACGACGAGCCCAUCUUGCAGGAGGAGGAGUUGGACAUGGUGAUGAAAACCGAAGAGAGCGAGGACAAGGAGGCAACCAUCUGGUUCUGCAAGAAGAACGACGGCAAGAAAUGGCACUGCCGAAGCAUCGUCGACCGGCCCAACGCCCUGUGCGACUACCACUUGGCAAGGAGCCGCUCAUCCUACACUCCCAGCAGUGAGAACGGUGCAUCGGCGACAGCAGCGGCAACCUGCAGCUCCGGUCCAACAAAGGCGGACGCCAUUGGCAAGAUCAAAGCUCCUCCUGCGAAGUCAUCCGGUGCCAAACGAAAUUCACCGGGAGGAGCAGCAGCAUCAAGCUCGAAAGCAGCAGCUGCGACUGCGACUGCACCAAGCAGCUCCAAAGCAUCAUCGUCCUCAUCAGUGUCAGUAACGGUACCAACAAGCUCGAUCUCCCAGCGACGCAAGAGGAGGAAGAAGUCGACUAAUGGCUCAGGUGGUGAUUACUACUUCUAUGAUCUUUUCGGCCCGUUCCGCGGAAAGGAUCGUCGCAACCAUGGAGUAGUUUCAGCUAGUGAAGAAGAUCACAAGGGACUCCUAAAAGCAAAAGAAAAGAUGGAAUACAUCGAUGUCGAUAACCUGUCCAACAAUUCAUCGAUCACCGGUGGCGGCGACAAGGAAAACGAUGAGGACUACGUCGUUGGUGGUGCCGGCAAGGCCCGUGCGGAGAAGAGGAAAGGGAAGAUUGCAGUGGAGAAGAUGCCAUUUCCGAAGAUGGUGAAGAAGCGUACUGUCAAAGAGCGGUCGCUCAAGUCGCUGCUCUAGAGUUGGCCAAUGUCCCCGGGAGUGUAAUCUAGUUUCCUAGUGUUGUCUUGUCUAUGUAUCAUGCAUGUCUGGAUUGCAGCAUAGAUAUGUAUUGACUCUUUUAUGUUUGUAAGUGAAUAAAAUGGAAUUUGACGUUU